AUGCUGUCGAGAAAGUCCUUCAGUGGUUACUUAUCCAUUGAUGCAAGAUGGACGCACAGGCGAAACUCGCCAAGUUGUACAGUAACUGCGCUCGAUGCUGUCACAAAAAGAGUUCUUGCAUGCGUGAACAUCAACCAUAUUGGUGGAAACAGACAGCAUGCUCAGUAUUCCGGAGCUUCCAACAAUAUGGAAAGUGCUGGAACUCGAAUCAUCUUGAAGCAAUUAAAGAAAUACAAUAUCUUGAAAGAUGUUAAAGAGAUUAUUAAAGACCGAGAUAACAAAAGUGUCUCUGUCUUUAAAGAAUUUGGCGUCUCUCAUCUUGAAAGAUUCGAUCCAGGUCAUGUAUCAAAAAAUAUCUCAAAAGAUUUUACAAAGUUCUCAGCUUCUCAUAAGACAGUUGAAGUUUUCAACGACAAGACUCAGAAGAUUGAAAAAAUAGAGAGACCUUUCUGGGGUCUGAAUGCAAGCCUAAGUAUGUGGCUUUGGUCAUGUUUUGCCGAAGAAAAUAUUGACAAACGUACGAAAAUGUGGGAGAAUUGUGUCUACCAUUACGUAG